AUGAAAUUCACGAAAAAAAGAAGGAAGCUCGAUUUCUUUGAUCAACAAUUCAUUCACAAGCUAAGCCUAAAUAAAAUUGGUGCAACUGUUGCACAUAGGCUACAAUGUUCAUUGAAAGGUGGCCACCAGAAUGUUCGUGGUACUAAAACAGACUACAAAAAUGCUGCUAGGGAUAAACGGCUUUUCAUUGGUGAACGAGACGCACAGAUGAUUGUCGAUACAAUGAAUGCUCGUAAAUCGAAUUUGCCCAACUUCUUCUUUGAGUUUACGGUAGUUGGAAACGAGUUAAGGUCAAUGUUUUGGGCUGAUGAUGUGUCGAAAUGUAACUACGAGGCGUUUGGUGACGUUCUAGUAUCUAAUGUUUUUCACUGUGUAAUACAACCUGCAUUAUCAUAUGUAUAUUAUGACGUGUUUCCUGCUAUUGCUGCUGUGUUUGACAAGUCGAUACAUCGGUUGUGCAUGUGGCACAUUGUUAAAAAGAUACCUGCUAAGAUAACGGGUGACUCAUCAUCAAAUGCUGAUCUACGUAAAUCGAUACACAAAUUGGUAUGGAAUAUGUUUAUCACACCGGCAGAAUUUGAAGAAAGAUGGCAGAUACUUAUGAACGGCUUAGAGUUGAGUGAUAAUAACUGGUUGAACGAAAUGUUUUCCAUUCGUGAUCAAUGGGCCCCUUGCUAUUUUCGAGAGUUCAUGAUGUGUUUUGAUACAGCAAUCGAUGGUCAGCAUCAGAAGCAGCGCCAAGCAGAGUUUGACAGUAACACGACAACGCUGUUUAUGCCUAACAAGAUUCCUAUAGAGAUGCAUGCCUUUGAUAUAUACAUUCGUACAAUAUUCCUAGAAGUGCAGAAGGAGAUUUACAAAGGAUUGACACACUGUUUUAUAAUUAGAUGCGAGGAACUUGAUGGUAUUAAGUUCUAUACUAUUGCACAUACGAACAAGAGUUUCAAGAUUGUCAAUGAAUAUAAGGUUGAACUUGAUGUGCGUGAUAACACAGUUUCUUGUAUGUGUAUGUGUUUCACUUGUAACGGAUACUUGUGUAGGCAUGUUUUUUGUGUCUUCGGGUUCAACCAGAUUGAUAAGAUUCCUGAUAAAUAUCAGUCCAGCCGGUGGGAUAGGGAUGUGCUUCCAAACAGGGUUCAUGCUAUUUCAAAUAGAUAUGCAGCUGACAAUGACACAGAGUCUGUAAUAAGGAACGAGAUAUUUGAUUUGAUUGGUCAGUGUACUAUCCGUUUGAGACUUAAACCUGACAAACUGUCUGCACUAUCUACACAAAUAAGAGAGAUCAGAGAUAUCAUAUACAAGGAGUUUCCAUCUGAACCGGAUUGUAAUAAUAAGAGUGCGGUUAUAAGUGAUAUCAUCGGGCAGCCCGAAAACGUUGAAGUUACUAUUCAUCCACUACAAGGCAUCAGGAAUAAAAAGUGUGGCACCAACAAGCGGCUAAUUGGUCCGGGAGAGAAAACUGUAGAGAACCACAAAAAGAACCCGCAUUUGUGUCAUCGAUGUAACAAGUAUGUGUAUGAUCAUGAUAAACGUAACUGUGCGAAAGUGCAAGCUGCUAAAGAGGCGGCAGCAGCUGCUGCUAAAGAGGUUGCAGCCGUAUCCGGUUCUGGUCGUUAA